CGAAAGGAUAUUGUCAGCGCUGUGGAUUUUGAUUCGUGAAGAAAGAUCAGCAUAGAAGGGGAACAAAAGAAGAAUAUAAGAGAAACAGGAAGGAGUAAAAGCCAGCAAAUUUUCCCGUUCCAGUGGGAGUAAACGAAUCCGUAAACACAGAAUCAACAAAACAAAGAAGACGAGUAAACAGUGUCGUACGACGUCGCUCUUUGCUCUCCUCUUCCUCCAGGCCACACUCAUUUCGCUCCACAAAUUAUUCGCCCGUCGCAGCAUCGACGCAUUUAUCAUCUUCCACACGGUCCGUAGUCAUUCCAAAAUCCGUCUUAUGGAUAUUGCCUCUUACACAUACUUUUGGAUGUCUCUGAGGAUCUCAGCCUAAGAGUAAACUGUAGCCAUAUUGUUUGUUUAAGAUGCCUUUAGGCUCAAAUUCACAGUCAGCGGAAGUUUGCCUUGCAAUGAAUCAGAAUGCACUUUCUUCCUCUGACAACCAUGGAAGGACCUUAAAACCUGAGGAGGAUAAAGAAGAAGGGGAGGAGGAGGAAGAUGAGGAUGCAGAUUUUAACCCAUUUCUAAAGGAAACUCUUUCCCAAGAAGCUUCUUCAAGUUUGAGCUCUGAAGUUGAUGGUUUGGAUGGUAAUGUGGUCACUAGUAAGCCAUCUGUAGGUUCAGAGUUAUCAAAGGUAACAACUAAGGAGCAAACCUGUACUGCUGUAGAUAAUGAACAUGGCGAGGAGGAAAUUGUUUUACAACCUUCUGGUAUGAUCUCUUUGUCAGAGAUGAAUCAAGUGAAGCACAAUGACCUAACCAGGGUGGCUGAUGGCAAUGGUUCAAGGACAGGAGAACUAAGUGACAAAACAAAUUCUCGAAGUCCUGUAAUAGACGUAGACAAUGAGGAUGCUAUCUGUAUGCGCACCAGAGCUCGUUAUUCACUUGCAAGUUUUACACUUGAUGAGCUUGAGACUUUUCUUCAAGAAACUGAUGACGAUGAUGAUCUCCAAAAUGCUGAUGAUGAAGAAGAGUAUAAAAAAUUUUUAACAGCUGUUUUACAGGGCGGGGAUGAUGAUCUUUCAACUCAUGAAAAUGAAAAUCUUGAUGAUGAUGAGGAUAACGAUGCAGACUUCGAGAUAGAACUGGAGGAGUUGUUGGAAAGUGAUGCUGAAGACAACUCAAUGGUUAAAACCCGAAAAGAAUCUGAUCGAGCUGGACGACGACCUGAGACUAGGCAAAAUAAGCGUCAAAAGGUGUCUGCACAAUGUGAGAAGAAAACAUUAGGAGAAGUCAAGAGGCCACUCCGCCCCAUUUUGCCUAAUUGGCUGAACGGAACUCUAGCUUCAGGAAAAGGUUUGGUUCCUGAGGCUUCUCUGAGCUUUCAGUCUUCUGCUUCAGGAAAUGGUCUUGUCAAUGGGUUCACUCCCCUGCAGAUUGGUCAGUUGCACUGUUUGAUACAUGAGCAUGUACAACUUCUUAUUCAGGUGUUCUCUUUGUCAGUUCUUGAACCUUCCCAAAAACAGGUUGCUUCUCAGGUUCAAGGUUUGCUUUUUGAGAUGCUUCACAAACGUGAUGAAAUAUUAGCUUCAAAAAGAGUUCCAUAUCCCACUGUUUGCUUUUCUCCAUCUUUUACAUGCUCAUCUGUGUCUGAAGAAGGCUCAAAGUUUGUCCAGGUCCAGUCCAAUACAGAAGAAUAUGGUCUUCCACAAGAUGCACAUAAUGUUUUGUGUUCUCAAUCAAUUCAGAGAUCCUCUGAAGGUUUGAACUUGCAAAGCUGUUUCCAACCUGCUGAGAGUUCUUUCUGGAUUCCCUCUGUAAGAGGCCCUGUAAAAUCUAUUUUGGAUGUUUCUCCUCUUCAUUUAGUAAGAAGCUACACUGAUGACAUUAAUUCCGCUGCCCAAGAGUUUCGAAAGCGAUACAUUGAGUCUUGUUCCGAUUCACCUGUUGAAAAGGAACCUCUCUUUCCUUUUUCUUCACCAGUUGCUGAAGCUAAUAGUGAAAUUUCUAGUGGAACCACCGCUAAAGCAGUUAAUGCAGUCUCAACUUCACCGGGUCAACAACAACCAAAGAAAACAUUGGCUGCUAUGCUGGUUGAAAGUACAAAGAAGCAGUCAAUUGCUUUGGUGCCGAAGGAAGUUGCAAAGUUAGCUCAAAGAUUUUUGGCCUUGUUCAAUCCAGCAUUAUUCCCACAUAAUCCACCCCCAGCAGCAGUUGUAAAUAGGAUACUUUUCACUGAUUCUGAGGAUGAAUUACUAGCCUUAGGGAUAAUGGAAUAUAAUACAGAUUGGAAAGCAAUUCAACAACGUUUUCUUCCCUGCAAGUCUAAGCAUCAGAUUUUUGUCAGGCAGAAGAAUCGUUGCUCUUCAAAGGCAUCAGAGAAUCCAAUAAAGGCCGUUCGAAGAAUGAAAACCUCCCCAUUGACUGCAGAGGAGAUAGCAUGCAUUCAAGAGGGACUCAAGAUUUAUAAAUUUGAUUGGAUGUCAGUAUGGCAAUAUAUUGUUCCACAUAGAGAUCCGUCCUUGCUUCCACGCCAGUGGCGCAUUGCUCUUGGCACUCAAAAGUCAUACAAGAUAGACGAAUCAAAAAGGGAGAAGAGGAGAUUGUACGAGUCACAAAGAAGAAAGUUAAAGGCUGCCUCAUUAGAAAGUUGGCGAGCUAUAUCUGAUAAAGAGGAUUGUGAUACUGAAAUUGCUGGUUCAGAGUCCAUGGAUUAUUCAGAUGUACCAUACGUGCACCAGGCAUUUCUGGCAGAUUGGAGGCCAGACGCAUCUGCUCUUGGUUAUUCUGAACGCAUUCCGACUACAUCUGGAGAAGGAAAUGUUGCUCACAAUGCAUUUUCUCAGAAUAUUCGAUUUUAUAGGGGUACUCAAGAUUAUGGUUUAAGUGGAAAAGUUCAAUAUCAGAAUGGUAAUCAAUCUGCAUUUCCGUCUGUAUCUUACCUACCUCAAUUUUUUCACACUACAUCUGAUUUGAGAAAUGGAAUGAAUGGUGCUCCUAGCGCCCUUAAUCCUAAGAAACCAGUUUUUAAUGUGACUUCUAGCACCAAGUACUAUUGUCGGCCCUAUCGGUCUAGGAGGGCACAUAAUGCCCACUUGGUGAAAUUGGCUCCUGAGUUACCCCCUGUAAAUCUUCCUCCUUCUGUUCGUGUGGUUUCUCAAACUGCUUUUAAAGGGUUCCAGUGUGGUACGUCUAAGGUUUAUCCUCCUGGAGGUGGUGUAGCUGCUUCUAGAGAAGAUCAUUUUGCUUCUCAAAAUCAUCAUGGCGAGAAAUCUGAAAAUGUCCAUCCUGUUAUAGGUGCAAAGCCUGCAUUGAAAGACACUAUCAGAAAUUCUCAAUUAGAAAGAUCUGAAACUGUUGAAGGCAGAUCUAUUGGGGUAGAAAAAGGUACCUGUACCGAUCUUGAGAUGCAUCCUCUCUUGUUCCAGGUCACUGAAGAUGGCAAUGUGCCUUAUUAUCCAUUGAAAUUUAGUUCUGGCACUUCUAGUUCCUUCAGCUUCUUCUCAGGAAGCCAACCACAGUUAAAUCUCAGUCUCUUCCAUAGCUCACAGCAACAAAGCCACAUUGAUUGUGCUAACAAGUCGUUAAAGUCUAAAAAUUCCAUUCUAAGAUCUGGAGGCAUUGAUUUUCAUCCACUUCUUCAGAAAUCUGAUGAUGCACAAUCACCUAAUUUUGAUUCCAAUCAGCCUGAGUCACUGGGCACUAGUGGUGUGUCGGCAAUAGCGAAUAGAUAUUCUGGCCUUAUUGACAAAUCUAAUGAACUUGAUUUGGAGAUUCACCUUAGUUCUGUGUCUGGAAGGGAGAAAUCUGUGAAAAGUAGACAGGCAAAAGCACGUGAUCCUGCAGGGUCCCAAAAAACUGUAGUAAUUAGUGGAAUAGCGAGGGAACCUCUAGAGGACAGCGUUCCUCAUUGUCAGCAGGGUGGGGAAAAUGUUUCAGCAAGCAGUCGUGGGCUUGCUUCAAGUUAUCCUUUGGUUGUUCCUAAUGAUAACAUUGCCAGAUAUGAUGUAAAUGAUAUUGGUGAUCAGUCUCAUCCCGAGAUAGUGAUGGAGCAGGAAGAGUUAAGUGAUUCUGAGGAAGAUAUUGAAGAACAUGUAGAGUUUGAGUGCGAGGAGAUGACUGAUUCUGAAGGAGAGGAUGGUUCUGGCUGUGAACAAGCUCUUGACGUUCAAAAUAAGGAGGUCUCAAUUUCUUCUCAAGUCGAUGGCGGUCUCCUUACAAAUAAUACAGCUCUAAAUAUUACUUUGACAAAUGAGGAACAAGAUGACCGAAGUAGUUCUUCAUGGCUAAGUUUAGACUCGUGCACGGCAGGUAACCCUGUACUUUCAAAGGCCAUGCUUGGACACAGUACGAGUAUGAUUGGGGAAGCUUCUGCUUCAAGAAACUUCUCAAUUGGUAAAGUUGUCACAGGGGAGACACACACCAUAGACAUGGUACAACAGCCAACUGUGGGUCCUCACGUGUCUACCACUCCACGAAAACCCAGGAAGCGUUUUGGCAAACCAAAGGCAAAUUUAAAUAUAGGUCUGACUGUUGAAAGAUCAAGCAAUGAUGGUAAUCAUGAAAAUGGUUGAUUUAAGUAUUCUGGCAAGUGGGGUUCGAAUAGGAUUGACUAUCGAAAGGUCAGGCCACGAUGGGUUGAUUGAAAUGUUCUGUCAAAUGGAGUGCAAUUGAAUUUUGCACGUUCACGCCAUGAUGAUAAUGUGGAAGUUUGUUGAUUGGUGCACCAUCUGAACUAACUGAGCUUCUUUUUGUUGUUGCUUGGCAUCUAAUACUGUUGCUGCUAGUGCUGAACGACAGUUAACAAGAACAUAAUGGGGGGUUCUUCAAUUUUUUCGACGUGCUGCACCAAGAAUUGAGACUUUAAUUUUGUACUGUUGUUACUCGCAAUGGUUGAAGGUAUCUUGCCUUUGUAAAUAUGUCGCUAGAGGUCAUGGGCAAAAUGACCUUGUCUCGUUCAUGAAAUUAAUGAAGAUCAUGUACACAAGUUUUCUAUUGCGAGCGUCCAAUGUCUCUUUUCUUAUGGUGGAAGUGACGAAUUGUAUAUGCUAACCAUAUUACUAUUUACUAAUUCUGAUGUCCCAACAAGUAAUAUUCAAGAAUGUGCCCAGAGCAUGUUGGCAAGCAAUCCUUUGGACUUGCCUUUUCACAGCUUUCUCUUGCAUUACUUUUGUUAAAAGUAAAUAUUAUUCAUUGCUGUUAUCUAAAAAAAUUCAUGUUAUGGUAAAACUACCUUCUCGGAUGUCUUAACCAGACAUAUCUUGUAACAGUGUAUACUUGAAUACAAAUUUUUAACAUCAA